AUGGCAACAGCAACAUUGGUCCUUCCGGGUGAACAAUUGGACUCUAGCUCUCUACCGUCACAUCCAAAAUUGCCUCUUAAACUCGGACCGGGGCUGCGACAUAUCCCACCAAAUACUAUCACACCCACUGUCGCGGGCCAGCUAUGCACCGACACGAGGAAGAAUGCCGUCUGGGUUGAAUUCAAUGGUGGUCGCUACACUCCAAUCGCCGGCGACCUUGUCAUAGCCACCGUACAGAAAUCGGCCGUCGACGUGUACUACGCCAGUAUCAGCGAUUACACACCCAAUGCUUCCCUUCCCCAACUCUCCUUUGAAGGGGCAACGAAAAAGACCCGCCCACAACUCGCAUUCGGCGCCCUGGUCUACGCUCGUGUUGUGCUUGCGAAUAAACACAUGGACCCAGAAUUAGAAUGUGUGUCCUCGUCGACAGGAAAAUCAGAGGGACUCGGCCCACUAAUAGGAGGAAUGGUGUUUAAUAUUUCUCUGGGAAUGGCAAGACGACUUAUGCUACCUAAGCCAGCGGAAAAUGGGAAGCUCGUGAUUUUAGAAGAGCUUGGGGAGCAGGGAGUGGCAUUUGAAAUCGCCGUGGGCAGGAAUGGAAAACUGUGGGUCGAUAGCAAGAGCGUGAAAGGGACACUGUCAAUUGGAAGGGCAAUUCAGGAGACUGAUGAGAAGUCCUUAAGUGUGGAGGAGCAAAGAAAGGUAGCAAAGAAGAUCGCUAAGGAUAUCUGA